CUCGUCGAAUUUUACGCACCAUGGUGCGGCCACUGCAAGUCGCUCGCUCCCGAGUGGGCGGCGGCCGCCAAGAAGACGCGAAAGUACUGCCCGCUCGCCAAGGUGGACGCGGACGAGCACAAGUCGCUCGCGGAGCGCUUUGACGUCAGCGGCUACCCCACGAUAAAAACAUUCAAGAAGGGGGAGGUU